AGAGUGAGUGAGUGAGUGGUUGGUCCAAAUUGAGAGUUGUAUUGAGAAAUGAGGUAAAAAGACACUUCUUUGUUUCUCUUCUUAUCUCUUCUCUUAUUUCAUUACAGAGAAACCGUAAACCAAUAAGUGGCAGCUAGCAAUGGCUAUUAUGGUUUCUUCAUCCUCCUGUACCUACUCCUUAUUCUCCACUACUUCCUAUAAUACCAUUCGUGGUGAAUUUGAAUCCUCCUCCAACCACCGCCCUGCCGUUAUUCUUCCAGGAUUGGGGAACAAUUCGGGUGAUUACCACAAGUUACAGGUGAGUCUGAAACAGCAUGGAAUACCCAGUGUGGUGGCUAAGGUCUCCAGGCUCGAUUGGUUCCGCAAUGCAGCUGGUUUGGUCGACCCUAAUUACUGGCAAGGAACUCUUCGCCCUCGACCUGUUCUCGAUUGGUACCUGAAUAGGAUCGACCAAGCUAUACAAGAGGCUAAGGAACAGUCACAAGGGGAGAGUUUAUCAUUGAUUGGGCACUCAGCAGGAGGAUGGCUUGCUCGUGUGUAUAUGGAAAACUAUGGUGUAUCCCAUAUUUCAUUGCUCUUGACACUUGGAACUCCUCACCUUCCACCUCCAAAAGGUGUUAUAGAUCAAACUAGAGGACUCCUCAAUUACGUGGAGCAACAUUGCUCAAAAGCUGUUUACACUCCACAAUUGAAAUACGUAUGUAUUGCUGGCAGGUAUAUUGAAGGUGCUCCUUUCUUUGGCAACUCCAUGAAUGGUGGAAAGGUUAGCUUCAGGUCUCGGUUGGUUGGACAGGGGUACAAGCAGGUUUGUGGAAAGGCAGAUGUGUGGGGAGAUGGAGUGGUACCAGAAGAAUCAGCACAUUUAGAAGGAGCUCUUAAUGUGAGUUUGGAAGGGGUUUACCACUCUCCUGUGGGUUCAGAUAAUGAUUCCAGACCUUGGUAUGGUUCUCCUUCAGUCUUACACCAAUGGAUCCAUCACCUUCUUGAUCUUCAACAACCUUCAUCUUGAUUUUUCAUCUAUUUUACACAAAUAGCAAUAUUACUAAAUACUAUUGUAUUAUUACCAUUAAUGCUUUCUUCUUUUUUAUCAAUGAUCUCAAAUUUUGUAUAAUAAUAUCUUAGUUAGUUGCUUAAAACAAAAUGGAUAUAAAUGAUUACAAAUUGGUAGGAAUUUUGGAACUAAGCUAUAUAUUAGUCCCAAUGACAACAUCUGUUUUUGUUUAUUUUUC